AUGACUUCCUCAGAUACGGCAGCACCUUUGGUGCCCCCAUCACUCUCUUUACCCCCGUCACAAUUUGCUCGUCUGCAACCACACGCCUACCUACUCGCUCAUCUUUCCCCGCCACCAGCAACGAACCAACCUUCCGUCCGAGCGAAUGGCCGCGCUACGUCCCAAUUCCGAGUCACAUCCGCCAAUGCAGGCUCCCUGACCCACACAAAUGGCAGCGCUGUGGUCCGUAUCGGCGACACAGCUGCUGUAUGCGGUGUUCGCGCAGAGCUUCUUCACACCGAGGAUAUUGCAUCGUGGAGCGUAUCCGAGUCUUCGUCCGCUACAAACAACACAUCCAACGGAGAUGGUAGCGAACAAAGCGAAGAGGACCGCUCUCAUAUCGAAGACCUCAAUUUGCUCGUCCCUAACCUCUCCCUGAGCACCGGUUGCGCACCGGGCUUUAUUCCUUCUGCUCCACCUUCUGCCCUAGCCCAAUCACUUUCACAUCAGAUUCUGUCGCUUCUUCACAGCUCACGUAUCGUCAAGGCGGAUGAUUUGCGCAUUUGGUACCAACCACCAAACCUGGGACCGGAGGAUUCAGAACGUGAUAAUGAAAUGGAUGUGGAUGGUCAAGGCACUGGCAGUACGGAAACCCAGCCUCGCGAGAUCAAGGCUUUCUGGGUACUUUACAUUGAUAUCAUGAUCAUCUCGCUUGCGGGUAAUGCUUUCGAUGCGGCGUGGGCAUCUGUUCUGGCUGCGCUGCGCGAUACAAAGUUGCCCAAGGCUUGGUGGGAUGUGGAUAACGAUACCAUUCUUUGCUCAGAGGAUAUCAACGAAGCUCACAAGCUUUCACUCCGCGGUAUGCCGAUUGCUAGCUCGUUCUGUGUUUUCGAGGGUGACGCCGCUGCAGGAUGGCGCGCUGUUGCUAUCCCGGAUGCCGAGAAGAAGAAGCAGCAGAAGGGCGCCCAGGCUAGGUGGAUUCUUGCGGAUCCUGAUGGAUAUGAGGAAAACUUGACACAAGAAAAGGCUGUUGUUGUUGUUGAUAAGGAGAAUGAUGGAAAGACUGUUAUUUUGAAGAUGGAGAAGCUCGGUGGAUGGACCAUUGAUACGGAAGAGCUCCGACAAUUGGUUGAUAUCUCAUCGCAGAGAUGGGAUCAGAUGAAACAGAUACUAGGACAAUGCUGA